UACAACCUGAAGAUAACAAAAAUAAUAAACUCCCACCAUGAGGAGACUAACCAGGAAGAAGGCUCUGACUCUGGUGAAGGAGCUGGACGCCUUCCCCAAAGUUCCCGACAGCUAUGUGGAGUCCACAGCCAGCGGCGGGACAGUGUCUCUGAUAGCUUUCACUCUCAUGGCCGCCCUCGCCUUCCUGGAGUUCUUCGUGUACAGGGACACAUGGAUGAAGUACGAGUAUGAGGUGGACAGAGACUACAGCAGCAAACUGAGGAUAAAUGUGGAUAUCACAGUGGCCAUGAGAUGUCAAUAUAUCGGGGCAGAUGUCUUGGAUCUGGCAGAGACCAUGGUCGCCUCUGAUGGGUUGAUAUAUGAAGCAGCCAACUUUGAGCUCUCUCCACAGCAACGAUUGUGGCACAUGACACUUCUGCACAUCCAGGAGCGUCUGAAAGUGGAGCACGCUCUGCAGGAUGUUCUCUUCAAGGCUGCGAUUAAAGGAGCGCCUCCUGCUCAGACUCAGAGUGACGACAGCUCCUCUUCCCUGAGUGCCUGCAGGAUACACGGACACGUGUACGUCAACAAGGUGGCGGGAAAUUUCCACAUUACUGUUGGCAAGUCCAUCCCACAUCCCAGAGGCCACGCUCACCUCGCUGCUCUAGUCAGCCACGACACGUACAACUUUUCCCACCGGAUUGACCACCUGUCCUUUGGAGAAGCGGUGCCCGGUCUUAUCAGCCCUCUGGACGGCACAGAGAAGGUCGCUGCUGAUCCAAACCACAUGUUUCAGUACUUCAUCACCAUCGUGCCCACCAAGCUGAACACCUACAAGGUCUCUGCAGAGACGCAUCAGUAUGCAGUCACUGAGCAGGACAGAGUGAUAAACCACGCUGCAGGCAGCCACGGAGUCUCAGGGAUCUUUAUGAAAUAUGAUAUCAGCUCACUAAUGGUCAAAGUCACCGAGCAGCACAUGCCUCUGUGGCAGUUUCUUGUCAGACUCUGUGGCAUCAUCGGAGGCAUCUUCUCUACGACAGGGAUGCUCCACGGUAUUGUAGGAUUCUUGGUGGAUGUGAUUUGCUGUCGUUUCCAAAUGGGAGUCUACAGCCAUCUGAAGGAGCAGCCAAACAGUGAAACAACAGAAAACCUCGCUCAGUAAUAAGAGUCCCUACAGCUCACCAUCUUGGCCUUACCCGACAGACAGCAAGAGUUGCUGGAAAACAUGUUUACACAUUGUUUUUAUUAUUGAACAUGUCCCUGCUUUGUUCAGAAAUGUGUAAAUAUGAGAAUGACUUUUUUUUAAAAAUAAAUGUUAUUGGGUGGGUGUAAGAUUGAGACAUGGAUGUCCAUCCACCUGUGAAGGGUUGUAAUCAAUACCUCCACUAAUGAUCCGUCACUGGAAAGCUGUGCCAGGAGGACUGAACAGCAGGCAGAACACAAAUUAUUUACAUCAUUAUUGUAGAUCUGACUUGACUGCCUGGUGUUAGAGCUCCCACGGUGAACACACACCGAGGCGUUUCACAUAUUUUGGCUAACGAGAACUUUUCUCAGGGUUGAUGUGGUGAUGUGCAGCAUGACAGAUCCAGUCUGAGGGGCAUUUUGCUCUUCUUUUAUGUAGUUUGGGGACCUCAGAAAACCCAAAGCAUUGUUCUGCCCCAGCGUCAAGCUUAAAAGAAGGCCAAAUUGGCUAUAACAAAGGAGGAACCAUGUGUGUAUGGAGUGUGUUCUGGGUCUUUAAUUGUGAGGAGAGACUGGAAGGAUUUUUAAAUUGUGCCUCUGUGUAAAUGAUUGUUAAAAAUAUGAGGCUGAUUUGUUGAAUAAAAUUCCCUUUCAACUUGA